AUGGUCCACUUGUACCACCACUCGCUCAUCCCCAGCUCGUCCAUCACCUGCGCGUGCGUGGGCAACUUCAGCGGCACCAAGCAGCAGGAGAUCUGCGUCGCACGCGGCGGCCAGCGCAUCGAGCUGCUCAGGACGGAUGCGCAGACGGGCAAGCUCGAGAGUAUCGUCGAGGCGGACGUGUUUGGGCAGAUCAGGAGCUUGACUGCGUUCAAGUUGACCGGCGGUUCCAAGGACUACAUCAUCAUCGGCUCCGACUCUGGCCGGAUAGUCGUCCUCGAGUACGACCCGAACAACAAUGUCUUCAACAAGCUGCACCAGGAGACGUACGGCCGAUCAGGUUCGCGGCGAAUCGUCCCCGGACAGUACCUCGCAACGGAUCCGAAAGGACGUGCAGUCAUGAUUGGAGCGAUGGAGAAGAGCAAGCUCGUUUACAUCCUGAACAGGGAUGCCGCCGCCAACCUCACCAUCUCGUCUCCGCUCGAAGCUCACAAGCCCCGAGCAAUCAUCCACUCGAUUGUUGGUGUCGACGUCGGCUUCGAGAAUCCGAUGUUUGCGGCGCUCGAGGUGGACUACACGGAGGCAGAUCAGGAUUCGACAGGCGCAGCAUUCGAUGCGGCGGAGAAGAUGCUCACGUACUAUGAGCUCGACCUCGGCUUGAACCACGUUGUGCGGAAAUGGAGCGAGGCUACGGACCCGCGAGCGAAUCUCCUUGUCCAGGUGCCCGGUGGUCAGAACGCGACGAUGGACCGGUUCGAUGGCCCGUCCGGCGUGCUCGUCUGCUGCGAGGACUACAUCAUCUACAAGCAUCAGGGCGCGAAGGAGCACCGUGUCCCGAUUCCGAAGCGGGCGCACCCCUUGGCGGAUCCGGAGCGAGGCGUCAUCAUCACGGCGGCGGUCAUGCACAAGAUGAAGGGCGCCUUCUUCUUCUUGCUGCAAAGCGAGGAGGGUGACCUCUUCAAGGUCACGAUCGAGCACGAGGAGGAGGAGGUUACGGCGCUCAAGAUCAAGUACUUCGACACCGUCCCCUCCGCCUCGUCUCUCUGCAUCCUCAAAUCCGGUUUCCUCUUCGUCGCGACCGAGUUUGGCAACCCUCGCCUGUAUCAGUUCGAGAAGCUCGGCGACGACGACGACGAGACCGAGUUCUCCUCGACCGACUACGACAACCUCGGCGCCGGCACCGACCCGCUUCCUCCCGCCCUCUUCCGCCUUCGCGAGCUGCAGAAUCUCGCCAUCGCCGACGAGGUCGAGUCACUCGCGCCGAUCCUCGACGCCAAGGUCGCCAACUACCUUGGCGAGGACACGCCGCAGAUCUACGCGGCCUGCGGACGAGGAGCGCGGAGUUCACUCAGGAUCUUGCGGCAGGGUCUCGAGGUGAUGGAGGCUGUCAGCUCGGAGCUUCCCGGAGCGCCUAUCGCGGUGUGGACGACCAAGUUGCGAGCAGAAGACCAAUACGACGCCUACAUCAUCCUCUCUUUUGUCAACGGCACUCUCGUCCUCGCUAUCGGCGACACGAUUGAGGAGGUCUCCGACACCGGCUUCAUCUCGUCCGCACCGACUCUCGGCGUCCAGCAGCUCGGCGACGAUGCCCUCCUGCAGAUCUACCCUCGCGGUAUCCGUCACAUUCUCGCCGACAAGCGCGUCAACGAGUGGAAGGUCGGUGCGCGGGAGACGAUCGUCUGCGCGACCACCAACAGCCGCCAGGUCGUCAUCGGCCUGUCGACGGGCGAGCUCGUCUACUUCGAACUCGACAUGGAUGGUCAGCUGAACGAAUUUCAGGAGCGGAAGCCGAUGGGAGCCGAGAUCCUGGCGCUCAGCAUCGCGGAGGUGCCGGAGGGACGGCAACGGACACCGUACCUCGCCGUCGGGUGCGCCGAUUCGACCGUCCGCAUCAUCUCGCUCGACCCGGAGAACACGCUCGACUCGCUCUCGCUGCAGGCUCUCACCGCGCCGCCGUCCUCGAUUGUUAUGGCCGAGAUCACCGACGCGAGCAUCGACAAGUACCACGCGACGAUGUUCGUCAACAUCGGCCUGAACAACGGUGUCUUGCUUCGAACUGUCCUCGACCCGCUCACGGGCAGUCUCGGCGACACGCGAACACGCUUCCUCGGGUCUCGUCCCGUCAAGCUCGCUCGCGUACCCGUCCAAGGCUCUCCCGCCAUCCUCGCCCUCUCCUCCCGUCCUUGGCUCAACUACGCCUACCGCGGCAUCCUCCAAUUCACGCCCCUCAUCUUCGACGCGCUCGACUACGCGUGGAGCUUCUCUGCGGAACUGUGUCCCGAGGGCCUCAUUGGCAUCGUCGGCAACAGCCUUCGCAUCUUCACCUUCCCCCGUCUCGGUCAGAAGGUCCAGCAAACCUCCAUCGACCUCUCCUACACUCCCCGCCAGCUCCUUACCUCGGCCCACUCCCGCCUGCUCUACACUGUCGAGGCCGACCACCGGACAUUCUCGCCGUCAGCAAUUCAGAAGACGGUCAGCGACAUGCGGAUGGCGGAGAUGGAGGUCGACGAGGAGGUCUUGAACCUUGACCCGAAGGAGUUUGGCCUGCCGCGAGGACCGGCGGGGCAGUGGGCUUCCUGCGUGCGAGUGAUCGACCCAGUGACGGCCGAGACCGUCUUCAAGGUCGACCUCGAGCACAACGAGGCGGCGUUCUCUGCAGCCGUCGUCACCUUCCACUCGCACCCGAAUGAGGUCUUCCUCGUCGUCGGUACUGGUCAGGACACGUCGCUCGCUCCCAGGGCGUGCAAGCAAGCGUACCUGCACACGUACAAGCUGCUCGAGGAGGGCCGGCAACUUGAGCUGCUGCACAAGACGGAGGUCGACGACAUCCCGAAGGCGCUCAUCGCGUUCCAGGGAAGGCUCGUUGCGGGUGUCGGCAAGGCGCUGCGAUUGUACGACCUCGGCAAGAAGAAGUUGUUGCGAAAGGCGGAGAACAAGAGCUUUGCGACGAUGAUUAUGACGCUCAACACGCAAGGCACGCGUAUCAUUGUGGGCGACGCGCAAGAGUCGGUCUACUACGCCGUCUACAAGGCGCCCGAGAACCGCCUCCUCAUUUUCGCCGACGACAUCUCGCCUCGGUGGACCACGGCGUCCAUCAUGGUCGACUACGAGACGGUCGCAGCGGGUGACAAGUUCGGCAACUUCUUCGUCAACCGCCUGCCGAAGGGCGUCAGCACCGACGUAGACGACGACCCGACCGGCGCCGGCAUCAUGCACGAGAAGCCGUACCUGAUGGGCGCCCCGCACCGGACGCACCUCCUCGCGCACUACCACAUCGGCGACAUCAUCACGUCGCUGCACAAGGUCGCGCUCGUUGCAGGCGGACGCGACCUGUUGGUGUACACCGGCCUCAUGGGUACGGUCGGCGUGCUCGUGCCCUUCGUCUCAAACGAGGACGUCGACUUCUUCACGACCCUCGAAAUGCACCUGCGGUCCGAGGCGCCGUCGCUCUGCGGCCGCGAGCACCUCGCUUACCGAAGCGCCUACACACCCGUCAAGGCAACGGUCGACGGCGACUUGUGCGAGGUGUAUCGGAACUUGCCGAUGGCCAAGCAGGGACAGAUUGCGGGCGAGCUCGAGCGGACGGUAAGCGAGGUCAUCAAGAAGUUGGACAACGUGCGGGCGUCGGCGUGGUAG